AGCACCGAUAGACAACUGAUGAUCAGAGGACCAGCGAAGAUCCAAGUCUGAAGGAAGGCUGCGUUACUCUCGAGCUGUGUGUGAUCAUAACCGCAAGGGAGUGAAAGGAUGGAGGACUGCAAGCUGUAUUUGGGAAUUUUGGAUUGAGGGGGACGAGAACCUGAACGACUGUCUUCUCGGAUCUGAUUAUUUUUGGAGGGGGAUUUAUUUUUACGUGCAAAAUGCCAUUUGCCAAAAGGAUCGUUGAACCUCAGUUACUGUGCAGGCAUGCGAUUCCGAAUGACGAGGGCUUGCUUUUUGAGGAUCUGUGCUCAAUCAACAAUGUGGCUCUUUCUCGGACGCUGCGGCAGCUCUCCGACCUGGCCAAGCACGCCUGUUCCCUGUUUCAGGAGCUGGAAAACGAGAUCAUCUCUACGAACCAGCGGGUUUGGGUACUGCAAAACAAAAUUGGCAGAAUUCAGCAGACCGCCAGCGGACUAGAUCCGAAACAGGAGGCAGUGCCUGUGUCUAACUUGGAUGUGGAGAGCAAGCUGACGGUGCACUAUCAGGCCCCAUGGCACCAGCAGCGGAAUGUGUUCCACCCCUCCACCCGGCCGCCGUGCGUGGAGGAGCUGCACCGAAAUGCCAAGCAGAACCUGCGAGCAUUGCACCGAGAUCGACAGCAGCGACAGCGGGCGAGCAGCCGAGAGCGCAGGGUCACCAUCUCCAUCUCGGUGGCGCCCCCUAUGCCCACCUUCCCUUCGCCUCGCACACUCAGGCGGCGCGAGCAGAGAGGCAGGCACCUCCGAACGUUUGAGAGAGCCCGCUCCUCCUCCCCCACUGAAUGUUGUCGCUUUACCCCAUGGAGCAGAAAGGCACCCCCUCUCCCUGACUCUCACAUGGACGUGGUGGCGCUGGGUCACAGGCCCAAGUGCCCUGUGCCCAACGUCCCCUCCACCCUGGACAAGCAGACCAACUGGUCUAAAGCGCUGCCUCUCCCUACCCCAGAGGAGAGGAUGAAAUCCGAGUCCCAAGUGAUCUCUUCAUGCAUUAUUCCCAUUAAUGUCACUGAGGAGGUCGCCGUCUCUGCCUCCCCUCCAGCGAUUUCAGCUUUCCUCAGGGUUGGCUUUGACAGAGAGGCUAGUGUCCGUUGCUCCCUUGUUCAUUCUCAGUCGGUGCUUCAGAGGAGGAGGAAACUGAGAAGGCGGAAAACCAUAUCAGGCAUUCCCAGACGGGUGCAGCAAGACUUAGAUUCUGACGAAUCUCCAGUAGCAAGAGAGAGGACUGUGAUCGUACAUGCCAACCCUGACUUCUCCUUGGGCCGCGAAGAGCUGUCCCUCAGUGGCCGCUUGAACACUAAGGACUCGGGCUGCCAGACAGAGGACUUCCUGUUCACCGCGCCCUCACGAAGGCGGAUCCGAGCCCAGCGAGGACAGGGCAUCCCGGCCACACUUUCCCACUCCACCGGCAACAUCACCUCCCUGCCGGACAGCUCCGACGCCAUGUUUACAGCGGCGGUGGGUGGCCGUCUGCGCUCCCGCAGCCUGCCCCGGGAGGGCGGCCGACUCGUCGACGAGGACCACGACGACAGCGACGACGACGAAGAGCUCUCCCCCUACGAGGCGGAGGAGUUCCUGCCAGGACCCGGGGAGCUGAUCCUUAAGGAUGAGGAGGAGAGCACGGAUGACCAGGCCGUGCCAGAGCACCAGCUGAUCGGCCUGAAGUGCAAGCAGACCGCAGACCACACCUGGAUAGAGAGGGGGAGGUCCCGGCUUCCUCGGAAAGUUGACAUGGGGAGCUGUGAGAUUUCUUCCAGUUCCGACACCUUCAGUAGCCCCAUCCACUCCGUCUCCACCACGGGAGUGCUGGGCACCCAGAUAGACCACAAGGAAGACCACCAGUCCUCCAGUGGUAACUGGAGUGGGAGCAGCUCCACGUGCCCCUCGCAGACGUCAGAGACGAUCCCUCCAGCUGCCUCCCCUCCCCUGACUGGAUCUUCACACUGUGAUUCGGAGUUGUCGCUCAACACGGCUCCUCAUGCCAAUGACGACACCGCUGGCUUUAUAAUUGACCCCUACCAGAUUGACAGGCCGCAGGUUCGAGGCCACAGGGCGAGCUCCUUCACCUCCACUGCCACCGACCUGCUGGACGACCCAAGCAACAGCACCGCGAGCGACGGUGAAUGGAACUACCUGCACCACGAGCAUGACAAGUCCUGCCACCAGGACUUCAGCCCCCCGCGCUCCAGAGAGGACGAGGGCAGUCUGGAGUGCCCCAGUUUCACAAGUAUGGCCACUUACGAGAGCUUCACAGACAAGCCACCAUCUGAAAAGGCAGACUCCAGCUCACAUUAUUCCGUAGACACAGAAGGCUAUUAUACCUCCAUGCACUUUGAUAGUGGUCUUAAAGGUAGCAGAAGCUACAUUUGUAACUAUGCAACCAUGGGCUCUGACAGUAGCCAGAGUAUAAACGUUGCACCUAGCAUGGGUGGAUACCAUCAGCCAGACUACAGAGAUCACAGGACACUGGGAAGACACUGUCUUUCCUUGAAAAAACCAAAGGUGAAGCCAGAUCCACCAAAACGCAGUUCUUCAUUGAAGAAAACUAGCAGUGGUGCAAAUGUUCCUGACAAGAACGAACCAAAGAUAAAUAGCGGGCAGCACCUGCCAUUGUCUUCCAGGGAAGGUAAGCUGCAGCUGGACUUAGCCAGUUCCCCAGGUCAGUUGGAGAACCCUUCUUUAGGGGAGGAGCCAGCGGAGGCCUGGGGCAUGGAGGGUGCUGGUGAGAUGACUGACUCCACUCUUUUUGGUUCCACAGACACACACUCCUUUAAAGACGAAGGUGCAGUACAGUCUGACUAUGCAGAUCUAUGGCUUCUCAAUGACUUGAAGUCCAAUGAUCCAUACAGGUCAUUGUCCAACUCCAGCACUGCUACGGGUACAACAGUCAUUGAAUGCAUCAAGUCACCGGAGAGCUCAGAAUCGCAGACCUCCCAGUCAGGGUCUAGGGCCACCACGCCUUCCCUUCCCUCUGUGGAAAACGAGUUCAAGCUGGCCUCCCCCGAGAAGCUAGCAGGCUUAGCAUCGCCCUCCAGCGGCUACUCCAGCCAGUCAGAGACGCCAACAUCUUCCUUCCCCUCCGCUUUCUUCCCCGGGCCCUUAUCCCCUACUAGUGGCAAGAGAAAGCCCAAAGUCCCGGAGAGAAAGUCCUCUCUCUCUUCCCUACAGCAGCAGCAGUACUCCUCCAGAGAUGGAGGCACCUCAUCCAAGAGAGACCUUGAGCUACCGAUUAUACCUCCAACCCAUCUCGACCUAAGUGCUCUUCACAAUGUUAUCAACAAGCCUUCAGCCCACAGAAACCAGAUGCACAUUCUCCACCAGAACAAGCAGAAGGCGGCUGCUGCAGCUGCUGCCGCAGCAGAGGCCCGGGCAGUGGCCGCUGCUGCCGCCAAUGCCGCAAAUGCAGAAGUGUCUGGGUCAGCACCCAUAGCAAUCACGCCCACUGUGCUUCGCUCAGUCCAGCUGCGGUCCAUCAGCAAGCCCAGCGAAGGAACCCAGGACCGGCCCAACGCCAACAUCGCCACCAGGCCCAAGUGUCCCACCGUGACAAUCGUCACCACACCUUCUGACCCCAGGUCGCCCGAGUUGAAGAAACCCGCAGCCCACAAACCCUCCGAUCGCCCUUCUCAGGAGUAUCGUGAAACACUGUUUACCCCGGGUGACGGACCCGCCGCAAGGGAUGUAGCAUAUCACGAGAAUAUGAGGUACAGGCAGGAGAGACAUGGCCCUGGGCCCCUGUGGUCUAUGACUGCAUUUAGGAACCCCUCAGAAUCGAUGUGCACAGAGGACGAUCCCACACCAAGACCACCGUACCACCCGAGGAGUGAGCUCCAAAGCGGCCAGAAUAGCAGGGGAAUGUCGGACAGCACAGCACGCCCCAGAGAGGAUGUGGGACAGGAGCAAAGCAUUUCAAAGGUUCUGUUUCCAAGUGACACACAAGAGACAGAGCAGAGUCAACCACAAAGUUCCGAGCCAGCUGGUGAAAUCGCUUCGUUGUGUCUGACCAAGACAGGUUCCCCGCCUGCUCAAAAUAACCUAGUAAAGAAGCCUGACUUUGAUCCGAGCAGCAGUCUUGACAAAGUGCCUGUAAUUAUGUGUCAAUCAGAAACAUCGCAAGCUUACACAAUCAGCGAUGCAGGUAGCAGAGAGGAGGAAUAUGAAACAUCAGGUGUUCCUACCAGAAGUGCCUCACAGGACAGCAGGGAAGAGGGAUCAACACCAGACACAGAGGAUUACUUCAGUAAAGAGUCUACACCCAGUGACAAUUCACUCUCUCCCCUGAAUGAUGAGACAAAAACAGAAGACGACAGUGUUUUCCUAUCACCCAAUAAACUACGCACAACUGAGGAUCUGUUUGCCAUGAUUCACAGAUCAAAAAGAAAAGUCCUUGGCAGGAAAGAUUCAGGAGAGUUGAGUGUGAGAAACCGUCUGAGCGCUGCAUCAGGAAGCACCCCCGCGAGCACCCCAGCGACCUCUCCGAGUGCCCCCGUGACCCCAGGCACCCCUACCGGCUCCCAGCGGGCCUCAGGGCCCAUUUACAGAAGCGCCAAGAAGUCCAGCACCUCCAACGAGGAGUUCAAGCUGCUGCUGCUGAAGAAGGGGAGCCGCACCGACUCCAGCUACCGUAUGUCAGCCACGGAGAUCCUGAAGAGCCCCAUCACGCCCAAGUCGCUGGGGGACCAGUUGGCCGAGGCGGCCCGUCAGUCGGAGGACCUGCCCUCCCCGCUGCAGCAGCAGGUCCCCUCGGGGGCCGAGCAGCUCCCCAGCCCCUUCCCCAAGGCCAACACAGAGGGCUUCUCCCCGAAAUCCUUCUCCAUGUCAGCCUCCUCACGGCAGGGGCGCUCCAGGAUCCCGCCGGCGGCCAACAGCAGCCGCUACAGCAUGCGGAGCCGCCUCUACACCGCCCCCAUGCAGGCCAUCUCGGAGGGGGAGACGGAGAAUUCGGACGGCAGCCCACACGACGACAGGUCCUCACAGAGCUCUUCCUAGACCCACAACCUGGACUUCAUUCAAAAACAAACCCACACACACUUGCACACUUUACGAGCUCUUGGAGGUGUGUUGCUGGAACCGGGAUGACCAAUUUUGAAGUAUCUGACUGGAGGAAAAACAAGAAACAUCAGAAAAUCCCAUCGUGGUUAAUUUGUGUACUUUUUUCUAACUGGGAAAAUGAGUGAAUCUUUGACACAAAGGAAAGAAAAUAAGUGAAAGAUAAGAUAACCCAUCUCACUACAUUAGUUAUAGGAAAUUACAGUUUUCCUUUGUGGAUGUUUUUUUUUCUGUAGUCCUGUUCUGCAAAGGAAACAUUGCAUUUAUCAACGUCUCAUGUCUGCACCAUGAAAUGAACAAGUUUUAAAGAGUGUCAGAUGGGCCAUCAUAUUCACAAGAAAUGUUUGCACGUUUAAUUCAAACUGUAUAAGCUAUAUAUAUUUUGGGUGUCAUUACAGCAAUCACAGGGGUCCAUGUUAUUUCAACAGUACCUUGUGGUGGGACCUUGUAGAGACAGAGAGAUAUGCAUACACAUCCAGCAUUGACACACAUCUACUGUUAUUAAGCAUAAUACACACAGUGUACUGUAGUAAAUUCUCCUGCAGUGUGUGGGAGACAAGGCAGUGACGCAAGAAGGGAAACGUUUUGUGAAAUCUUACACAGGAAUCUGUCUGUGGCAGGCGUACUUAGGACAAUCUAACUGUGGCCUUUCUGUACAGGAGGUCUUAGCAUACAGGGGAUCUGAUCAUCUAAACAGGUAAACAGGUAUUUUUUGGAUCUUGUCACUGAAGACCCAUGCCCCUCCUAUAUAAGAGGGUCUUUAGAACGUUUGGUCGGGAAGUUUAAAAGGGUAGCUUUUCCAAAACCUACAAGCCCUUUGCACUUAAACUUAAUCCUUCAAGACUAUCCCUUGACAAGAUCUCAAAAAGAUAAACAU